GACCAAUGACAUAAAAGUAUCUCUAACUUAGAUGGAACUUUGAGUUUGAGUUUUGUAAUAAUGGCGGUCGUCGUCUCCAUCCAGCGUCCUUAUGCAACACUGUUGAUCUCUGAAAACCCUAAUCCUCUUAAACUUCACCAUAAAUCCAACAAUUCCCACCUGAGAUUUCAUCAUCUUCCUCGAAGAACCAGGUUGCAGCUCCGUUGCUUAUCUGCAAAAUCGACGCCUUCGAAUCAAGACCCUGAAUCUCCUCAAGAUGAUGGAGAAGAGCUUGAGAGUGUGGGAGUCAAAGCAGCUUUAGCAGUGCUGAGAUUCUACAAGAGAGAGAUAUCGCCGGUGUUACCUAGAAGCUGCCGUUACGUUCCGACUUGCAGCGAAUACUCCAUGGAAGCUUACAAGAAAUAUGGAUUUCUCAAAGGCUCUGUUCUUACCACUUGGCGAAUCUGUCGCUGCAAUCCUCUUGGUGGUUCUGGAUUCGAUCCUCCAAGAUGGUUUGGUGAGAAUGUGACCAAUCAUCCCCAAGAAGAAGGAGAAGAAGUAGAAGAGAACUAUGACGAUGAGGAGGAUCAAAGAUAGAUUUUUUGAAUAGAUGUAAGAAAAAAAACUAUGGAAGUUGUAAACUAAUACUAGAGAAAGCAAAGGGAAAGCUAGCAGUCAAUAGAAAAAGUUUGUUGUAACUACGAGGGAAUAAGAAUUACAACAUCUGUUUCCAAAAAGAUUUGAUCUU